AUGGCAGCUCAGGUAAGUCGACCUUCUCGGUCGCUCUGGGCUUGUCUAAGUUUACACUCCAGCUAUGAACUCCCGCACGAAGCAUUCAGAUCGCAUGUCUACCCUCGGCAGUCCUCAAACGGCUCCACCGUCAUAGUCUAUGGGCACGAGCAAGGUUUGCGUCUUGUGUGGUACGCUGGCAAGGGAUUCAAGCCACCAAAGAAAGAGCUCCCGCCACCAAAGAUCAAUGGGACUGCCAAGAGCGACCCCAUGGUCAUCGACAUCGACGACGAUGACGACGAGGAUGCGGCAGGGAAAAAAGAGGUCGAAACAGGACCUGCUGAGUUCAAAGAAGAGGAGGACGAAGUGGACCCGUCUGCACCAUACCGAGAUGUGAUCCGGCAUGUCGAUAUACCCUUGGGAACGGCAGCCUCAAGAAUUGCUGUGCCACAUAUUGUGAAGGAUCUUGCUCAAGCUCCUCCAGAAUCAUGGCCGGCCAUUUACCACGAUCGCAUCAUCGUUGCUGCUGCUUGCACUGAUCUUAGCCUUCGGGUCAUAUCUGCGCCUCUUGAUCCACCCGCUCCAGAAGUGCACGACGUUUCGAAAAUGGGUGUCCAAAUUUUGAAAAUAGAAGGCUCAAACUCCCAUCAACAGUUCGUUUCAGACAUCUCAAUCACUCAUACGGCAGUCCUUUCGAAGGAACAAGAGGACGUUGAGGAACAGACUCAAGGGAAACCUCAGACUCGCUCUCAACCUCAAUCUAAGCAGGCGAGCGCAGAAUCCGAAUCCCAACGUUGGUCACUCCUCGUUGCGUCAGUCUCGUGUACUGGUGCGGGAUUGUUACUCGUCCAUCAACUUCCGCUCCUCAGGAAUCAACUUACAUCGACUGCAGAUUAUCCUGUCCCAAUCAGAAGGAUAUACCUCCGUUCCUCAUGCAUGAAUGCGAGGGUUUCCUUCAACACAUCGCCAUACCCUGCUGAACGACAUUCGACCUUGCUCAUUACGGUUCCCGCAGAUUCUGCUGUCAAGGUCUACCAGAUUUUUCCAUCACAUACUCGAGAGCGUAGAGGAUCUACUGCAACAGCUGAUUCUGUCUCGAGCACGCGCUCAACGAGACUUCCAAGCAGCGAUCGAGGGAAAUUUCUCAUCUCCAUGCUCCCCUCCUUUAGACAGAAGAAUACGGAAGUUGUUCAGCAGAGACGAAAAGAAGUCCUGGACGCAAGAUGGCUCAUCGGCGGCCGUGCUGUCGUAACUUUGCUCGAAGAUGGCGAAUGGGGUAUCUGGGACCUAGAGGCCGUCGGACCUACGUCUUCCAGCUCCGGUGCCAAUCUUCUUCGUGGGCAUGGAAACAUCUCAGGCAUUCAAGGUGGCUCAUUGACUCGGUUUGCAGUUCGCUCACACAUCUUGCCCUCUACGGAGUCCAAACAAAAAUCUUCCCAUACUGAGGUACAGCCAACCUCCGGUUCUUUGGUACCAAUGACUCCGUCGACCCGCAAAAUGCGAUCCGAGGGUUUAUUCCAUGGCUCGACAUCCACUGAUAACUCAUCAAAACCUAACGGCCAACGAGGCUACGGAUCCAUCUACGUCGAAGAAAAGCUUGUGAGCCGUGUAGCACACGACGAGUCCGUGCUCAUCAGCUACGCAGACGAAACCGUAUACAUUCCUUCGAUCCUCUCGUUCUGGAAGGGCGAAUCCAAGCCAGUCCGCCUUCCGCCUUCAAGUUUAGGAGGCCAAGUACCGUUGUCCCUCAGUCUCCUUCCUAGCUCAGAAGCUUCAAGGAAUUUGUUCUCUGGGACCAACAUCUUCGACAAUGCAGUCUCUCGCGACUUCCUCAUACAGACAUCUCACCGCCUCAUCCUCUCGCUCGAACCGCUUUCUUCACGUUCCAGCGCACCCGAUCCGUCUGCCCAGACAGCAGGUGCCCCAUCAGACCAAACACUACUCGCGUCCGGCGAUCUGGAUGUCGAGGGCAUGGACCGGAUUCUUGAUGAUAUGGGUGGUAUGCCAGCAACGAAGAAACCCAUGAAUCUCUUUACGAAGAGCGUCGGGUUCCGCAUUGAUGACGAUGACGAGGAUGAGGAUGUCGACAUGGGUAGCCCGACACCUGCGAAAGGCCGAGGAUUGAAGAUGAAUGGGAGAAAAGUGCUCGAAGGCGAGUCAGCCGCAGCCCCGAGAAGAUUGUUUACAUGA